CUGUCAUACCAGAAUGUUGUGGACUUGGUUCAUGUAUAUAACCCCACAACACCAACCACAAUAAACCAAAGUCUUCCAUUUCCAAUCCUCUUUCAAUUCCAAAGAGUUUUUUUCCCUUUUCUUCUGUUUUCUUCUUCAAACAAAUGGAGGGAUUGAUUCCUAUGGUUUUCAAGGCUAUCAAGAAGAACAGGACUCGCCGGCAAUACCAGUGCCUCUCUACCGUGGCUGCUCAGACCUACAACAUUGCAGACUUCUAUAUGGAUGGCCACAGCCCUGUGUAUUUGGCAUCUUCAGCUGAAAAGGCAGGCAGCAUCCACCCUGAGGGCAGCAGCCAUCACCGCCGGUACAAGUCUGUCAGCAACUUCUCCUCCAUGGAUUGUAGCAGAGCUGGUGCUUCUCCUGAAAUGGGGAAGAAGCUAGUCAGGUUUAGAAGCCAUAAAAUUUUCUCUUGUGUUACAGGUGCCUAGGUUAUUACCAAAGCAGAACAAGGCAAAACAAGUCCUCUGUUUCCCGCAAAUGUAAGUAAUGCUUGUAAACAGAGUUUUGAUUCUGUUUUGUCCCUGCAACAACGAUCACAAGGAUCCGUGCAAGUGGUACAGCCUAUGAGUCCAAGCCUCAGAUGAAGAAAUUUGGCAAAAUAUGAUGAUUUGUGCCCAUACCCUUUUGUAGUUUUGUUCAACAAUGCUUGUUCCUUUCUUUUUUUUAACUUAUCGAUCUGUUGUCAGAAUUUGAAUGCACGCGUCCUAUCAAGUAAAAAUAAAUAACAAUUGUAGUCAUGUUACGAUUGUUAGAUUUUUUUAUAAGAAUCUGUGAAUCAUUUCUAUCUAAUUAAUAGGUGAAAUUUGAACCUGGCCCAUAGGUCAAGGGACCUCGCUGCUCUAAAGGUUCAUCCCUUUUCAGGUAAUAGUUCAAUCUGUACCCUUAAUAAUUGUUAAAAAAAAUUAAUAAGUAAAAUUUAAUAAGACAGAAACAAUACCUUGUUUACCAACUAAGAAGAUUAUUUUGCUGGGUUCACAUGAGUGUAUCUUAUAUUAGAUGGUUCAAAACAUGCUUAUCCUCAGAAUCAAUCUCUACAUUUUUGGCAGCAGAAUAUUAAUUCUCAUGAUAAAAACAUGGAGAAGAAGACAAUAUCUUCCAAUCAUGGAAGUGGUUGCAAGCAAGAAAGAAAAAAGUAUAUGUAUGUCAAGGGAUGUGAUGUGACCUCAAGAUUCCAAACUGGGUUUGUUCAAAUACAAUGUUCUCACUUCUCAAAUUUCUACAACUAAUGCUAUCCUGAAACUUGAAUUUGAAUGAAUGUCGUCCCGUGUU